AUGGCAGCGACUACAGCUUCCGCUGCGAGGCCUUCCAGCUUGUUCUAUCAUCGCUACAGUGAUCCUACUAUCUCGCCCUCGCGCUUCAGAGAAUCAUCUCACACGCGUAACUUGUCAUCCUCACCAUCCACCUCGAACGCUCGGGACACCACAACGCACAGAAUGUCCGUCUCAAUACCUCCGCCCCCGCACGAUCAGCCAAGCGAGCUGGUACGCAUCGCACCUGCUCGCAGAUCCAGCCACGGCGACGCUCCUACCGAGCCGCCUGCCGCUGGACUCAAAUAUGCGUGCGCCUCAUGCAUCCGUGGUCAUCGAACAUCGUCAUGCAACCACAAGGACGGCUCCAAGGGCCCUCUCUAUCCCAUUCGCAGCAAAGGAAGACCACCAACCCAGUGCGAGAUUUGCCGCAAGAAGCGAAAAGAGAGCGGUCGACAUGUUCGAUGCGACUGCACUGGAAAGAAGACUUCUUCAGCCGCGACAUCUGCAGCAGCCACUGCACACCUUCCCAAAAAGACGGUUGCACCUAAUUCCAAUGUUUCCAUCUUGCCACGUGUUGACAAGACGGCCGCCAUUACCAAAACAGUGGAUUGUCUAAACGAUCCUCGUCCCUACAAGAGGUCGAAAAUUUCAACCCAGUCAAGCUCAACCCAAUCCCACAUUUCUUCUCUUGGCCACAAAGACAACGAUGCUGACGCAGCCAGCGAUGUAUCUUUGCAAUCGUCUACGCACGGCAAUGUUCUCGCUCCUAUUCAUCCACCUCGAUCUCAUCACUCUUGGAGCCUCCCCAGCAUUCAUUCAGCACACGAAGCUCCCCGCGACUACGAAGGCCGCGUGUCCGCUUCGCAAUCGAAUAGAGAGGCUGCACUGCCUCGCUAUCCAAGGCUCUCGCUCUCUAGUCUCAUGAAUCCUUGCGGCUGCCGCAGCACAGGCGCAUGCACUUGCUGCUCCGACCAGCGACAGCGUCGAUCUCCAGUCUCUCCCCAACAGUCGACGCAUGGCAUGGACGAUUGUGACCCCGGGAACUGUUCAUGCGCUGGUGACUCGUGUCUUCAACCAUGGCAUUCAGCUGCUACGAGCGCAACACUGGCUAAACCUGCCUCAAGCGAAGCUGGUUCAUCGCAAGUUGCCACCAGCGCCUGCUGCUCGGGUAAAGGCGCAACUGCAUCAGCAGCACCGAGCAUUGAACUUCUCUUGCAAGCCGUCGAUAUGUCGACCGAGUUUGUUCCACCGCCUUGUGGAUGCGGGAAAAAUUGCCGAUGUGCUCGAUGCCUCGCAAAACAAGAUGCCAACAGUCAACAGCGACCGGAAGCAUUCAAUCGCGCUCCGAGCACCAUCACCACCUCCUCGGUCAGCCCAAGGACGCCUCCAGCAGCCCUCUCCGAUAUCCCGCCAGCCGCAUCCAUGGUCAGCUCUAUCGCGCCGGGUUGCGAUGAUUGCGCCGCCUGUGAUCUGGCACUUGAGCGUCCCUCGGGCAUAGGUGCUGUCGACAGCUGGAUGGACAAUCAACGCGAUCUGCAGCGUCCCUCAACCAAUAUUCCAUCACCAUCAAAACAUCGCUCACCUUCUGCAGAAAGUAGGUCACACAGUGCCAGCACUAGCCGCCGAACCUCUCAAGCCGAACUGCACGGGAUCGGUCAACGAGGGGUCUCGCCCCUUACCGUAUCGGUGCCUACUCUUCAUGGUGGGCUUCUGACCUCCGAGGCUGGGAAUGGUUCGGACAACGAGGUGAGAGCUGAGCUCGUGUUGGUACAUCCCAAAUGCGCUGCUUGUCUCGAGGUCGUCAGGAGCAAGGGCGUCGGCGUUCUCAGCAGCGUUCCUGGCAGCGCAAAAUAA